UAAAGGUUGGCGCCGGCGCCAGCUGAUGUCUGUUCAUUUAUCCUACAGCUGGCGUUUGAGCUAAUUUGCCAUUGGAAAAAUGUCAAGACGCAGUUGCCGUAACACACUUCAAGAAAGAGAUGAAAACACAGCAGACCAAAAUACCACAUGCCCCAGGAAGAGAAAAUCUGAUCAGUGCAAAAGAAAAACGCCAACAGCUAAGAAACAAAGUUAUGAAAUUCAGAACCGGUGGGAGGAAGGAGAUGUUAGCCCCUGUGUCCUUGUUGAGACGCCUCACAAGGAACUUGAAGAGACGAGUAACUUGUCUGGUUUUAAACGCUUCCGGUUCAAGAAUCUGUUCAUCAAGCCCUCUCCACUGCCUUGCCUCAGCUGGGCUAGCUCAGAUGAUGUGUGGAUCAAGAUGCUGAAUAAAGAACUGAAGUAUAUCCAUGAUAAAACCUUCAUGCAGCAGCACCCCAGCCUGCAACCAAAAAUGAGGGCCAUUCUCCUUGACUGGCUUUUAGAGGUGAGUGAGGUGUAUACACUUCACCGUGAGACCUUUUACCUGGCUCAGGACUUCUUUGAUCGCUUCAUGCUGACUCAGGUAGCCAUUGGGAAGAACCAGUUGCAACUCAUUGGCAUCACGUCGCUCUUCAUUGCUUCUAAACUGGAGGAAAUCUACCCGCCAAAGCUUCAGGAGUUUGCAUACGUCACAGAUGGUGCCUGUGAUGAAGAUGAAAUUCUUGAAAUGGAGCUGAUAAUGCUGAAGGCAUUAAAUUGGCACCUCUGUCCAGAAACUCCCAUCUCUUGGUUAAAGCUUUAUGCUCAAGUGGGCUCUCUGAAGGAAGGACCAAAUUUUCUUGUGCCUCAGUUUUCUCAGGAAACCUACAUACAAAUGACCCAGUUGCUGGAUCUUUGUAUACUAGACAUUAACUCGCUAGAUUUCCAGUAUGGAGUUCUGGCUGCUGCUGCAUUUUGUCACUUUACCUCAAUUGAAACAGUGCAGAAAGUAUCUGGCCUGACAUGGGACAGUAUAUCCAGCUGUGUGCGCUGGAUGGCCCCCUUUGUGAGAACUGUGAACGAGUAUGGCCAGCCAAACCUGAAGGAGUUCAAAAAAGUUGCAACAGAAGACUGGCACAACAUCCAAACUCACGUGGAUUAUCUGUCCAUGUUGAAUGAUGCUCAGCAGCGACAGCAGGAGAACCUGGACAGAUUGUCUCCAGUAGCUGUAGGAGGCCUGCUGACUCCACCCAAAAGCACAGAAAAGCCCACUAAUGUGUGAAGGGCUCAAGAACUAACUGCUGUUCCUGUUUCUGAUCCAUGCCACCUGGCAGUCAAACAGCAUAAGCAUGCCUUUCUCUUUGUCUGCAAAGGACCACUGGACCUAACACCAGUGUUGAAGAGCCUUACAGGAUAAGACAAGGUGCUGUGUUUUAAAUAACAGUGGUCAUGACCUCACAGGAUGGCGCUCAAAGUCGUGAUUUGUGCCUUUCUUCAAAGACUGAAUAGAAAAUUGUUUACAAGUAUUUAAGCCCUAUACAAGAUUGUAGGGCUUUCAUUUCUCAAAUGUACCCAGAGCAAUGCAGUGUUGUAUCUGAGAUUGCUCAUUUUGUAGUAUUGUGGUGUGUGUUUUUUUAUUUUUUAUUUUUCUAGUUGUAUAAAAAGUGAGUGUUGAAUGUUCAUGGACUAAACUAUGUUGCCAUAGGAUUUCUAGUCAGUGCUGCUCUAAACCUCUGGUCAUUGUGAAGCUGAACUGCAGCAUAGAGACACGGAAGCUGGUGUGGAUGAGGCGCAUCAUUCUCACAAGUGUGCUGCAUUGUUUGAAUUCUUAGGAACAUGUUCCUUAGACUGGCUAUUAUUUCACUCUGAAAGAAGUUUGAUUAUUUUAAAAUUGCAAAAUUAUUUUGCAUAUUUAUGGUGCCAUCUUUAAAUUUAUUGAAUUUCAUGACAUGAAUUUCCUUUCAUUUUCUUGCCAAAGGCAAAUAUUUAAUUCAAUAGGUGCUUAUUUAUGAAAUGUGGUAGGAUGCAGUAUUAUACUGGACCUUACUUUUGUAGCAUAAAUUUUUUUUUUUUUUCUUUUUUUUUUUCUUUUUAAAUCUCAGAACUCUCAAAACUGGGAGUCAAAUACAGUGCCUGUAAUGUAGAUGGUGUAAAACUGUACAUAAGAGAAUAUGUGUACAUAUGGUAAUGGCAAGACAUGAUCUCCGUCUUGGUGGUUAAAUAUGAACUAUUAAAGCAUUGAUAGGAAUUUUUUGUAUUGAGUUACUACUGGGAAAUGGAUAAAUGAGGAUAGAUAUUGCAGGAUGGUACAUCUGUUUCCAGCUAAAUAAAAUAUUAAGUCUU